AUGUCAUUAUCGAAUCGCAACCAUCUCGUGUCGACUAAUUCACUAGGAUUGUCGCCACACGAAAAAGAAAAACUGACAGUGCGUUCAAAGACACACAAUUUCCUCAAACCGUCCGACGUACCCGCAGCUAGCUUCACAAGUUGCUCCAGUACAGCCACCACCUCGUCAAGCAACCCUGCCACCACCAACAACAGCACCGCUACUACUAGUAGUAGCAGUAUACGUAGUGCCCGAACGAUUAAUAACAGUAGUACAAGCAUGACCACCAGAGCACUGGGAUCUGUUCAGCCCUCGCCUGUAGUAGCAGCAGCAGUAGCAUCAUCGUGUGCAGCAAGUAAUAUCUCUACACACACCACCCAAACUACUACCCUAGCUAGUAACAUCACUUCUAGCGUUGAUUCGAGUAACUCUACUAAUACGGCAGUCGCUACAACUACUACUACUGUUAUUACUACUAUUACUACUACAACUUCAACCUACAAGACCGCAGCGGCUGAUUUUGAUUGCAGGCAAGAUGACGAUACCUAUGCAGAUGAUAUUUACACAACCGCUAUUAGUUCUUUGUCUAGCAGUUCUGAAAAAAGCAACGUAGACUUUUGCUGUAAUCAUUGUAGCAUUACGAAAGGUAACAACGUUUGUGUUGACAAGGUUUGUCGGUUUACACCGACGCAAGAAUCCGUCGACCACAGUUGCUGCAGCAGAAGUCGAAGUAACAGUUCAAACAGUAGCACUGGUAGUACUUGUACCAUCAGCUGCAGCUGUAGUUGCAAUAGUAGCUGCACUAGUAAAUGUUAUUGCAGCUGCACUCGGAGAAGUGCUGUCGACAGUGAAAGUUGUGUCAGCUCGAGUCGUACGUAUUCGACUAAAACGAAAUCAUCGCACACAAUCGGAAGGAGAUACGCUGUACACAUCGGCAGUGAAUCGAUUACUGUCGAGAGUUGCGAGCCAAAAAAACGCACUCCAAGUUACGGUUUGUUAUUAAAAAGUAAAACCGACACAGUCCACCCAAAAGAAUCCGGGGUCACUACCUCUACGCCACCACCAGCGGACAACAGUUACUGUUCGUGCUGUUUUGGUAAGAAUUCACCGACUAUCCAUGCAGAACCGCCCGUCUCGUUUCUCUCCCCUCCCUCCGCUAGGUCUUCCUCCCCGUCAUCUCGUACCCAGACUGACGGAGCGACAAGUGCCUCACUCGGAACAAACCACGACACUAAAACCGCGCAGAGCGAGACACGAGUAACAGGCAGUAAAGUAUCACGGACACCUUUGCAUGCGACCGGGGUGCCACUGGCAUCUACAUCGCCUACCAAGGUAGCAGCUGUCGCCUCCAGCAAGAUAGGGGUGGGUAGCGGCCUAUUGACAUCCAAGCCAGUCCCGCUUGUCGCUCGUCAACCUUGGCUUCAGAUUUCUCCCUUGAAAUCGGCGACAAGUUACAGUGCUUCUGAUGGCAGAAGAAAACCGACUGUUUCUUCAACGCCCUAUUCCAACUCCCGCGCUAUUCAGACGAAACGCUGUAACCAUAAACUCUGGUCAUCAAAACAAACACAGCAGCAACAUCAAGAGCAACAGAAAAGUUGUGCUAGUUUAACAAGUCGUGGGUCCAAUGUUUCGAACAUUUCUCGGAGCGGAGGGUGGAAAUUUAACAAAAUGGGCAACGGGUCGAGUCAUGGCAGCGGUGGGCAUGUUGUCAUCGACGGCGAGUCCCUGGAGGUGAGUCGCAUCAAGUCACUCAUUCCAGAGAUGAGACGUGAAUUAAGGAAGAAGGAAUCGAUGAUUGCCCGCUAUGAGGCAGAGUUACACGAGAAGAUCAGGGAGUUAAAAGAAAGAACGGCCGAUAUCCAGAGGCUACGUGGAGAGGUACACAAACUGAGGUCGGUACUUCAGCUAAAGGUGUGUAACGAGGAAGGACGACCAGAUAUUCUGGCCACUAUUCAGGAGACAUUACCAAAUAAUAAUGCCGGCGACCAGAGAUUAAAACGACAAGGAGUGUCUGGAGAAAGUUACAAUAACGCGGAUGCAAACAAUCAAAUAAAGGUACAACAACUAACAUUGUUCGAAAUUAUCUAUCUAUCUAUCUAUCUAUCUAUCUAUCUAUCUAUCUAA